AUGGCUCCACCAACUGGCCCUAAGAGGCUCGUCAGCAUUGAUCUUUCAGGGCCACUGCCAGGCAACAUUAUGAUGAUUCCGUCAAGGAAUGAGGAAAUUGGCGGUUACAAUUAUACCAUUCAGCACAGUCGAAGACAUACGCACAUUAUCGGUCACAUUAGCGAUCGAGGGCAAUUCCUGGUACCGGGUGAUCCUACGGCAGUGAGUAGGUACCUUUACGUCCUUACCACGAGCGACGGCUCAAAAGUCGUAAGAGUAAUGACCAGGACGAGGGUAAGCAACGUCUUUUACCUGAGGAGGAUCCAAGAGUUUAUCAAGAAGGUCGACGAUGCCAUGUACCACGUUCUCGUCAGGGAGCCCAUAGUGAUGAACGUUUUGGAGCAGACUGAGGACCAAAACAUCGAGAUUGAGCUCAUUCCCGAUAAUCCAAUCGAGGAGGGAGAUCUCGACCCCUCAAGACCAAUUCCCACCUACUACAGAAUAAAGCCUGCUAUGAAGUUUUACAGGACCAUUGGCGUAGUCAAAUACGGCAGACACACUGUGGACGACAAGAUUGAGGGACUGAUUGAACGAAGGGUCAUAUGGGGAGGAGCAAUCGGUAAUCCCAAAAUUACAGUCACUUCGAACUACACCAACGGAACCGAGGUCGUGGAAAAGUACGAGUUCUUGAAGAACGAACAGAUGUUUCACGCAUUUUCGUACAAGAAGCGAUAUUCCUCACUCUGUGGGUAG